AUGAUCACCCCAGAAGAAAUGGCAAUAGCUGAUGUCACAAUAGAUCCAAAGUUACUAAAGUAUGUAUCCUUGAUAAAAUGGGCUUCCGAAAACAGUAGGUCCAAAAAACACCAAAAUGAAAGUAACAAUGAGCAGUCCGUUAAAAUAACAUCAUUCAGUGUCAAAGGGUCCGGUGUUGUCAGCGGGGUCAUUGGAAAAAAGACAAGAUUUAGCUUAACAGUCUCUGAUGUUGUUGGGAUGUUUCAUCUUGGUAUUGAUAUUAAGGGUCCUAAAAACGAAGUAUACAGCGAAGAAAUUAUAAGUCUUCGUCAGUCGAAGGAAAUCAUGAUUGGGGCGUAUCAAACACAGCCCAAGCAAGGACGCUUCGCUUCCAUCGAUAACCAUGUCAUGGAGUAUAUGGAAGAUGGAGUAGGAAAUACAUAUGUUCGGUGGAAGAAUUUAAAACUCCUUGGCGAUAGUUCAAUGGUUAGUGUUAUCCCUUUCAACUGCCAGUGUACUGGUGAGGGAACGUUUCAGAUGACAUAUUUGCCAAUAUCCACGGGUAUUCACACGGUUUCCAUCAAAUGGCAGAACCUCCAUAUAAAUGGAUCUCCAUUCAAAGUAAAGAUCUACCAACCACGGGAUAUUACCAGACGGGCCAUAAAAGAUGCUAAAGAUAAGCGCAUUAUAUUCGAAUCUCUUUCCUUAUCGUCGAUUGAAGAGCGUCCUUUUGGACUUUUGAAAAUCAAGUCUGAGGACAAUGUUAAUGGCAGAAAUCAGGGCGAUUCCGAAAUGCCUGGUAGAAAAUCUUCAAGAUCAACACGAAUCAGAAAGCAGUUUACAGUAACCAAACGCCGUGUGAUUCGAAAAGUGAUAAGUCGACAUGGCGAAGAAAUCGUUAUACAAGAAUCUCCAUCCCCAACUCUUUCGCGCCAAAGUAGUAUGACGGAUACUUCAACAGAAGAGGAACAAAUAAGAAAACCCUGCUCACCAUCGCCGCUUCCUAGCCGAAAUAUCAUUCCUCAAUUUAUUAGAACUAAUGUUGUGCGGGAUGUUAGAAAUGAAAUUCCAGAUGGAGGACACAAAGGUUUGCAACAAGGGCCAACGUGUUUAGACCACAACGGAAAAUGCAUGGCGUCGAACAAUUGUGAUAUAAAAGACAUAGGAAUUGAAAAAAAGAACGAUAUUCAAGAAGACACUUCUAAAUCAAAAGAAAAUGCAAAAGCAUCUUGGUUAUGUAAACGUUCUCUAUCAGAUUCAACGCUCAGUAAUACACCUUCCCUUGGGAAUCAGCAAAUUACUUUUCCAGAACGAUUGAUACACCGAAAUGACACAGAUCGUAAACGAUUCCACGCAGCCUUGCAUUCACUGAAGGUUCUACAAUCAGAUAGCUUUAAGAAGUCUUGCUACUAUUUUUCUAAUGAACUUUUCCGCCAGUACUCCUUUAGCAGUACAUCCUCAGCAAGCAGUAAUUCAAAUUCUUCUUUAGGAAAGAUGAAAAAAAAUCUAACUAUGACGCGUUCGCUUCCUAUACUCAAGAAUAAUGUCUAUCCUUACAGCAAAAGAUCAUCCCGAUUGGAAAGGAUUCGAAGGAAUAAACGUUACGCUAUAGACAUACGAUCGCAACAAGAAAGAUCGGUACAAGUCACAACGAUCACGUCACCGUCCACCUCAAGUCUGAGUAGUCUUGCAACUCCUUCAUCAAAUUCUUUUCCGUUUAACGAGACAAAAAGAUGCAAAGAUUCCAUCAAUGACAGCUGCACUCCAGAUAGAAUUGCGCAUUUAUCUUGUAGUCCUCUUCCCAGAAAAACACCGAUAGAAGAAAUUGACAAAUUACCACACAGAGGCAGACGACGAAGUUGGGAACAGAACAUAUCAAAACAAAGAGCUACAACGAUGUAUUGGUUAAACAAUCAGACAACUGACCAUUUUUCAAUUGAUUCUACAGACUCGGACCCUAACUAUUUAGUUGAACAGUCAAUUAUUGGAUCAAAGGAAAUGCAAGAUUGUAAAAGUAUGAUUAAAGAAAACAUAGUAUCCCAUCAACAAAGAGACAGUGCAUCAAAUAUCGAAGGUAGAGAGACCACAAGAGUGUCAUCACAGAAAGCAGGCCUUCAGAGGCAGUACAGCGAAAUGAAAGAAAUGGAAACCGAUUUUACUACGAACGCUAAAAAUGAAUUUAAACAAAUUCAAAAUGAAAGUAAUCACCAAAAAGACAGAACUGGAAACGAUGGAAAUUGUGCAACCAAAUCAAAUCCCACAAUGUUCAAAUCGAUCGUCAUGGUGGCAAGUACUCUGCCGUCAAAAGUUCAUGUGCUUACACCGAAGGCAAAAGCUAACAAAACAACACAAGUACAUGUAGAUGAAAUUCUUCAGGAAACGGACUUCCUAUCUGUAUUUUUAAACUUAAAUAUCAGAAAACGUAAACGUUAUCUUAAAACUAAUGUCGAGAGAAGUACAACUAAGGUAGACAACGCUGACAUUCCUAACAGAGCUAGAAGUUUUUCCGACGGUGCUAUUUAUGGACAACAUCAUGACGAUUUAGAGGAUGAAUAUGAAAACUAUUGUCGGCAGUCAACAAUCGACAGUGGUAUAGCGGAAGAAAAACAAAACAAAAUUGAAGCAAUUCGGUUCCAAAGGAAUACUAACAGGAUAUCAUUACGACAGAAUGGGCAUACCAAAGUCCACCGAAGACCAUACCAAGGACAUAUUGAUUUAGAUCCUAAACUUAUAAUGAGUGGUAGUAAUACCGAUUCCCAGAGUGACGAAAAUGACCAGAAAAAAUCGUUGGAAAGAAGGAGAGUGAAUUCACAUGGUGGAUCUACUAGUUUCUCUGACUCAGAAAUAGCAUCAUUUGAUAAACGAAAAAGACGAAAACGGAGGAAAUUCGGGUCGGCCGUAAAAUUAUCGUCAUGUGUGACCAAAUUUAGGCACGCUAGAGUCAACGGUAUCAAAAGCAGUGUAGAGAGUCCACUUAAAGAAAGCUCAUUACCAGGCAAUGUAAAUGAAAAUCAACGAACUAGGGAUUGCGAGACUGAAUGCAUUGAAUAUAAAAAGCCUUGCGUCAUGUCUGCCAAAAGCGAAAGAGAUACACCCAGCUCUUAUUUGUCUGAUAUCAGUAUCGGUGUAGAUGAUGAAGGCAGAUGUCGUUUAUUACAUUUAUCGGAAAACACUCCAGUAACUUCAAGUGGUAGAAGGAAUAGCAUAGAACGCGACGUGAAUGAUGUAAUGGUAAAUAAAUCGCCAGGAGAUAUAUCGCGAUCUAGUCACGUCUGUUCACCAAAGAAGAUAUUUUAUUCUUCAAAGGAAAUGACCUUAUCAGGGAAGCAAGAUCAACGUUACGUAUCUGCGAUCUGUCACUACGUUGGUUUUGUUAAGCAGGAUAAGAAAUACACAAGCUCUAUGUUUCUGCAACCUGGAAAUGACACUUACCUGGAGCGAACUAGAGACCAGAUGAAUGUUGACUUUGGUGGAGAUAUUGGUGGAAUUGAAGAACAAACGGAUGAAGUUAUAUCAAAUUGCACUGCUGAAGGAGUUGGUCUGACGACUGGACAAGUGGGGAUGAAGAAUAACUUUCAGAUAUGGUGUCAUUCUACAGAGAACAUGGCUGUUUCCGUUACUAUACAUGGUCCUCGUCCUUUUUCCGUGUUGGAGUCCAGUGUUAUUUAUACUGGAGACAACCUGUAUGAGGUCAUAUAUGACGUGGCAUAUCCUGGCUAUUACGUCAUAUGUGUUAACUACGGAGAUGAAGCCAUCGAGAAAAGUCCAUUCUUGGCUAAAAUCACCUAUUAAGUCUACGCCAACCAUCAUCUUAUUGGAUGGUUCUGUGUUGCGAUAUUCGUUCAAUUUCGUUGUCAAACAUUGGGUAUUUCUAUAACGAGCUAACUAAAUAUAGAGUUUAGAAAAAAUGUGCCUUACACGGAGACAUGGAAACAUUGAUUGUGGUUGUGAAUAGUUUUAUGACUAUCCCAUUUUAGCUUAAUUGAACCAAAGGUUUCUUCUUAUUGAAAUGUUUCCGUUGUCGGCGUCAUCGUUGUCGGUGUUGUAAACUUUCUACUAUUUCAUUUUCUCAAGAACCAUUGGACUAAUGUCAACAAAGUUUAUCACAAAAUUCGCCUUGGGUAAAGGGGAUUCAGGUUUGAUUAAAUGAAGAGCUAUCAACCCUUCCAAGGGGGAUAAUAAAGAAAAGGUAAAAUAAAGUGGAGUCAGUUAUGUUAGCUAUAAAUCUAAAUUAUUUUUUUAAAUGUGCUUUUAUGAUAGUUUUUAUGUAACUUUAACCAUAUUCCUUGAUAAAAUUAAAAGUAUUUAAGUUUAAGAUUUUAUAUUUAAUAAAGGUUUGGUUCUAUUGAAUAUACAUCUUCGCAAGCCAAGUGCUCUUAUCUCCCCUGGCAGAUUUCGUUGCGACUGAAAUGCCAUCUAACGGAUCGAGCAAGUUUUCGUUCUUUACGUUAUCUGAUUGGUGAGCGUUGUGGCCCGUGGGUGUA